CAUUGAGGAAGAGAAAAGAUGUUCUCUGAGAACGUUGGACCUAAUAUGACCCAGAUCGACCCCUGGGACAAGUUCCGGUUGACCCUGAUUGAUGUGAUAGACUCCGAUAAUGUAACACGGCGUGAACUUUUUCAACUGUCACAAUCUAAGACUGGCAAAGUUACGGACGGUAUAAGCUAUUUCGAGGCUUUAGAUGGGCAUUUCGAACAUAAAAGGGAUGCUGUCGUCGAGUUUUUGAUCCACUUAACAACAGAAACAAAACUGCAUUUGGAUGAGGGCACAACCUCCUUGCCCUCAAUUCUAAAAGAAUACACAGAGCAACGCAGGAAGAACGACGAGAAAAUGAAGCAAUUGAAAAUCUGGAGUAAAUGUGACCUCAUUGGGAGAGAAGAGGAGAUACAAAAAGCCAUGGAUUCUCUCCAAAAUCAGCAAAGUAAAGGUGUGUGGAUUUGCGGAUUGGGUGGAAUGGGGAAAACCAGUGUUGCUGACGAAGUUUGUAGGAGGUUGUCAGGAGAAACAGCAAAUUGGAGGAUCCUAAAAGUCGAAUUAAGGGAACAGAAACACGUGCGAGAUCUCGUUAGAAGUGCACUCAUUCUGCUUGGAGAAUUGUUGAUGACGUCAAAUAGAGAAGAAUUAUCAGAUGGAGACUUGGAGUCCGCAAGUAAAUUAGAUGAGGAGGACUAUUUUGAAGAUAUUAAUCAAGAUUCACGGAGACAUCUUUUGAUUAAAAGAUGUUGUGAAAGCUCAGAGCAGAAUAAAGUGUUCCUUUUAGACAAUAUGGAUGACAUUUUAGCGAGUAAUGAGGGAGACGUUAUUAGCUUUCUAAAUAAAUUGGUAAAUAUGCUUAUUGAAGCCGAGGAGGAUGAAAUGCAUCAAGGGAAGACAAGGGUUUUAAUAACCUCUCGUCCAAGUCUCCCGUCAACCGAGAAAGCUCGGAUUCUUCGAGAAGUCUUCGUCGAAAUUAAACUUCAAGAGCUUUCUGAGCAACAUGCGAUAACACUUUUCAAGCAGGAGUUGACCCAGCAAAAUAUACAAUGUAAAGAGGAAGACAUAAAGAAGAUGGCAUCCAUCUGUUCGUACUGUCCAUUGGCCAUGCUUUCUCUUAGCAGUGUAUUAAAGGACAUAUCUCCGAGUAAACUAACAGAAACCUUUUCACUGUGCACCAACUCUGCAAUUCAAAACAAUAUCAUUGGAAUAGAGUCUUGUCUACAACAAUCCUUCUCAGUGCUUGACAAAUCGGGUAAACAAAAUAAAAUAACGUGCACCCUUAUGCAACUGUUUGUUUUUCGAACAAUAAAGUUUGAUAUCGAGGCUGCAAAGUUUGUUUGUGGUAGAAGCACAAAUUCAGGAAAGGCAAGCAUGGAAUGGGAGAUCGUCUAUUUGAAACGAUAUCAUUUCCUAGAAUCAUCCAUCGGAACUUUAUUUAAAUCAGAGUCAAAUGAUCAAAUUAUAAAAGAAAAGUCUUCACAAAAAGCAUAUUCAUCAAAAUGCUAUUAUAUUCAUCCACUAGUUUAUCAAUUCUUAAAAUCCAAGGAGGCACAAUAUCAAGUCCUUGUUAACAAUGCAAGGGAAAGAUAUGUCGAGUAUAUCUACAAAACUGUCUCAAAAACGGCAAAAAUGGCUUCUGCUGAAUCGCUAAGGACCAUUGCCAAAUACGAACCUCAUUUUCACACUUUCUACGAAUAUGUCAUGGAUUUACAUACAAAUCCUAAACCUAAUUUAAGAGAUCUCCCCAGUGCAUUAAGUGUUGUCAAUACUGAAUGGUUAACGGAUCUGAUUUUGGACACCACUCGCCGAUGUCAAUAUUAUAAAAAUAUGAUUUCUAACGCUGAAGAAGAUGACAAGGUAUUAGACCUUGUUUAUUAUAAAACUUGUCUGGCAAAACUUUAUUUUGAUAAUGAAAGAAUGGAGAGCUGCCAAAGAAUUUUGACCGAAAUUGAUUCUACAAUAAUUGAACAUGAACAACUCUCAAAAGCAGCUAAUUAUGUGAAAAACAAACGAAGGGUUAAGGAUUACCCUUCUGCAUUGAUUCUUGGUGGGUUCUGGACUAUGCAUGCUCGUUAUCUAAGCAUGCUUGAAAAUUACGGUGAAGCCAAACAGUACCUUGAAAUGGCAUUAUGUACAACAAUGAAAAAGGAAAGGGACUGUUGGUCACAGAUUGCAAAUAUUUACAAUUUAAUGGGAGUUAUUGCCUUUAAAUCCAAGGAAUAUAAAACUGCGAGAGAAUACCACUCAAGAGCUCUCACAACAGUCGAAAGAGAACACGAUGAUUUCAUCGAUAAAGACAUUUUCCUGACUAACAUAGGAAGUGCAUUCUUAAAGGAGUGGGAUCAAGACCGUCUACGUGAGGAUGCCUUACAAGAAGCAGAGAUUUACUAUAAUACUGCUCUUUCUAUGGAAACAGCAAGAGCGGAAAAAAGAGCCAAAAUUCUUAAAAUGAGGGGCAAACUUUACCUUUUACAAGGGAAAUUCGAAGCUUCGGAAAAAGAUUUACAAGAAAGUUUGAAUAUAUGGAAACAAUAUGUACAUCCACCCCAUAUAAAUCUGAUAUCGUCCUACCAAGAUAUAAGUUCCCUGUUCGUCCAGAAAGCAACGCACUUGUUGAAAUUAAGGGAGCCUUCGACAGAGGCAGCAUCUUUCCUUGCCAGAGCUGAUGCUAACUACAAGGAGAUUCAAAGACAGAUUGAACAAGGAGGAUUUUUCAACUGGCAGAAGAACAAAAUUCUUUACGAUCAAAUAAAGAAGAAUCACAAGAUAGUUUUAAGACAACUGAAUAAGGAUCAGAGGGAAAUUGAACAAGUGAAUGGCUUCUAUCUGGAUUUUGAAGCUGGAAAACUUAACAAGAAAAUCCUCCGUAAUCAAAGUAUGGACCUAGACAAUGAACUUUCUUCAUUUUCAACUGAUCAAAGCAAUGAAGGGUCUGAUUCGCCAUCAUCCGACUCUGAAUCUUCAUUUCUCAGUAUAACAUCCGAGGAGGAAAUCUCAGUUAUUAAAAGAUGUGAUGAUAGAACACUGAGUUUUGAUGGAUGCACAGAAAGUGUGGGCGUUACAAAUUCUGAUGAAACAAUGAACGUUAUAAGUACACGAAAGCCAGAAAGCAGCCUUCACAGCGGGUCUAUAGACAGUGGUAUGGGAGAUUCCAUCACGAGUUUCCCCUCUUUGACAGAUUCUGAUUCGAAACCGAGGCUGUCGUUCAUACCCUCAGGGUCAAUGGAGGAAGAUGUAUUCUCUUCUUGUGAAAAAAGUGUCUUGAAUCAUUUCAAUUUUCUUAAAAAGAGGUCAUCUUCGGACAGGCAUAACACAUGUACAUUAAAAAGACAAAAAGGUUUUGAUGAAAAUAUUCAAUGCAUGGGUCCUAACAAUGCAUAUUAGAAUAUUUUCGCUAACAUCCGCUUUUGAGUAGGUUAUCCCAAAACUAUCGAACAAUCAUUCAGUUCGGUUAAUUGCAAAGUUAACUCUUUAUUGUAUGUGUUAAUUGCUUUUCAAUUAUUGAAUGUUUUUGUGAUUUUUUUCAAAUGCCUAUCUUCCAACUGCACACCAGUUUGUUUCUUUUCUUUGAUUUUAUUCGGAUCAAUAAUGAUCUACCGUCUGUGAUAUGAGUAAAAAUUUACAGAUGAAAGAUAUGAAAGGAGUGUAACAUUUUCAUUGUUGAUUUUAAUAAUACUUUUAUAUGCCAUGCUCCAUUACGGAUUUCAAACU